AAAGCAAAUUUCUUAUAAUAUUCAAUUACAUUUUUAUUGCUAUUAAAAAACAAAUAAUGUGGUUUAUAAUUAUUUGCCUGACGAUAAUAUUCACAAUAAUGAUUCUGCACAGUUGGCGACGACCAUCAACAUUUCCCCCAGGGCCUCGCGGCUUGCCGAUCGUGGGAAACAUACUCGAUGUGAAACGUCUGGUUGACGAGACGAAGUUUUAUUCUCAUGCCUGGUGUCGAUUAGCCGACAUUUACGGACCCAUCGUCGGCUUGAAACUUGGCAUAGCCGAACCGAUGAUUAUUGUUUCCGGUAAGGAUGCGGUAAUCGAAAUGAUGAGUCAACAUCAGUUUGAUGGCAGGCCUAAUGGAUUUGUACACAAACUUCGAACGGGAGGUGAACGAAGGGGUGUAAUGUUCACCGAUGGUGAUAUGUGGCGAGAUCAAAGGAGAUUUGUACUGAGAACGUUGAAGGAAUUUGGAUUUGGAAAUGUUACAAUGGAGGACUUGAUAUUAAACAAUGCGGUUUCCUUAACGACUACAAUAGAAUCGCUCGCUAAAUUGGGACCCAUUACCAACUUCUACGAUAUUACCUCCGUAGCUGUUCUCAAUAGUUUAUGGACAUUAGUCGCUGGAUCACGAUUUGAGUUGGACAAUCCAAAAUUAAUAGAGGUUUUAUCGGUGGUAAACGGAAUUAUUAGAAAUACCAAUGUCACCGGUGGCAUAUUGACCCACUUACCAUUUUUGAGAUAUAUUAUCCCAGGGUUAACCGGAUUUACCGCACUAAAUCAGAGACAGACGCAAAUGUGGCACUUCAUCGAGACCGAAAUAGCAAGGCACAAGCAAACUAGAACGCACGGCGAGUUCAGAGACUUUAUCGAUGUUUACCUAGCGGAAAUGGAUACCAAGCAAUCAACCGUAUCGUCUUUUGACGAAGCACAAUUAAUCAGCAUUGUGAAAGACCUCUUCACCGCCGGUGUGGAAACGACGAAUAACACUAUCGGCUUCAUAAUAACGUAUCUCGUGGUGAGGCAGGAUGUGCAAAGAAAAGUGCACGAAGAAAUCGACAGAGUGCUCGGCAACGAAAUCCUACCUCACAUAAUAUAUAAAAAUCGAUUGCCAUAUUUAAACGCUACGAUAGCGGAAGUAACGAGACUGGCUAACGUCGGUCCUACUUCGAUCCCUCAUCGGGCAAUGGCUGACUCCGUCCUACUGGGUUACAAGAUAAAAAAGAAUUACACCUUACUGGCUAAUUUGCGAAGCGUACACAUGGACGAGCAGCAUUGGGGCGAUCCGAAGGAGUUUCGGCCCGAGAGAUUUAUUAAUGACAAGGGAGAAUACGUCGAGGAUCCCUGGUUAAUACCGUUCGGUUUAGGUCAUAGAAAGUGCUUGGGCGAGACCUUGGCGAAGAAGAGUGUAUUCCUCUUUACCGCGUGUCUGCUGCAAAAAUUUCAGUUUAUCUUACCGCCGAAACAUUCCAAUCCCAUUUUAGACGGUGUCGACGGCUUUACAAUCGCACCACCUCAUCUAAGUAUUGUUGCAAUCAAAAGAAAAUGAUUGCUUAAUUAUUAACGUGCGCGGCACGUAAACGCCUGGGAGAUGAUAUAAAAUGUACAAAACAACAUUUUUUUGGCAAACGAAUAAUUGUAAUACUAUAACAAUUGCCUAUGAAAGCAAGAACAAUAAACUUAAUUACUU